GUCUGCUUAAAAAUUUUAAAUUGAGUUAAUUAAACAUCCGAGCGUGGACAGAAAGUGUCGACAUGAACGUCGCCGUUGUCAAAAAGACACAAAGCUCGCUCGGAAAGGUGAUAAAGAAGCCGAUAUUAACCGAGCGGCUGCUCAGCAAGCCGCCGUUUCGAUACCUGCACGACAUCUUUGCUGAGAUCAUCAGGACCACUGGUUUCAUGAAAGGAUUGUACAAAGAGAAUGAAUUGAGGUCAGAGUGUGUAAAGGACAAAGACAUGAAGAUGGCAUUCCUUCAGAAAGCAAUAGAUGUGGUGUCACUGGUUAUGGGAGAGCCUCUUGCUGUGAAACCAGCACACAUAGUCGCUGGUCAUGAGCCUGAGAGGACGAACGAGCUGCUGCAGGCUAUUGCCAAGUGCUGCAUCAACAAGAUAUCAAGCAAGGAUGCCGUGAAGAGAGUUCUUGCAGGAGAAAGGUUGGACGCGAUGGCCAGAGACAAUACAGUCAAGGAGAAUGUGGAGAGAUGCGAACAGGACAGAGAGGAGAAGAAGAAAAGUGAGCCCGGUGAGUGCAAGGAAGAGAAGGACCCGGAACAGCCCAGGGAGCAGGAAAGGCAACGUCGAGAUGGUGAGAGAGAGCACCGUCACGACCGAGAGCGUUGCGGCAAGAUCCGACGUCGCGAACAGGACCACGCCAAAAACUGCGACCAAAACCAGGUCUGUGACCGGCAGCAAGACCCAGAUAAAGACAAUGGUCACGGGAAAGCAAAGGGCAGAGAAAAGGAGCAGGCGAAAGAUCAAGAAAGAGAAAGCAUCAAAGCUAAAGACAAUGAAAGAGAAAAGGUUCCAAACCCAGCCGGUGAAAGGCCCAAGCGCUCUUCCUCGCAGACUGCUAGUCCAGCAAGUCUACCUCAGGCCUCAUUCGCCGAUGACCAAAAGAAUAAAACUAUUGGAGAUACUCAUGCUGCACAGAGACCCCUCCUCAAGGAAAGUGGAGAUACCGUUGGCUCCUUAUGUCCAUCGGAAAUGGUGCCGAGUGACAAGCAAACGCCAAGGCCCAGCAGUGCUCGUCCUGCGCCCCCUCCAGUCAAGAAGCAGGAGAGUUACACUGAGUGUGUCCCACCUGAGAGGCUUCCUAGUGCCAAGUCAUCAGUCAUCAGAGAUGGAAAGAAGCUGUCGGAUGAUGAUGAAGAUGAAGAUGAGCAGUUUCUAGUGGCAGAGGCACCCCCUGAACCUGCGGACGCUCCCGAGAAGGUGUUGGAACCGGCACUUAAUGGUGAAGAGAAACACGGCGGACUUGUGAAAAAGAUUCUAGAGACCAAAAAAGACUACGAGUUGUCACCGUCCACCAUUACGUCUAAAGAGAAGUUGGUUUCAGAAGAAGCCUGGAAGAAGGAGCAGGACCUGGUUAUGCGGGAGAUAGAGCGUCUCCGCGCAUCCAUCCAGUCGGUGUGUCAGAGCGCGCUGCCUUUGGGCAAGAUCAUGGACUAUGUCCAGGAGGAUAUAGAUGCCAUGCAAGCAGAACUGCAAAGCUGGCGGAAGGAGAACAAGGAACAUGCACAGGCUUUGCAGAAGGAACAGAGAGCAACAGACCAGGCGGUGGAACCUCUUAAAACAGAACUCGGUGAGCUGGAGCAAAAGAUCAAAGAUUACCAGGAUCAAAUUUGUGCCGUGAGGUCCAACAUACUGAUCAAUGAGGAGAAGAUCCAGAAGAAGCUGGCUGCAAUUAUCUCCUCCAAAACCUGAACAGGCCACAAGAAGUACACACACAUUGAACAUGCACAGGAAAUGAACAGUACUUCUUUCACUUUUGAUUAAAAAUAAAGAAUACGUGCUGCUUUGCCCCCAAUCUCCAUGUCAAAAAAUGACAGGCAAGAAUAUACUUGAUUGAAACUUUAAAAGGCAGUUGAGGCCAAUUUUCGACUUUAAAACUUCAGGAUUUACACUUACAGUACAUAACUGUUAUACUGUAGAAUUUGUAAUAUUGCUAAUAACCCCUCUUAGCUAAAAGGAUCGUUCAAGUGUAAUUGUGAAUGUCAUUUUAUAUUUUCUUGAAUUCUAGUUGUGCAUUGUAACAGUGGCAUUCUUUACCCACUAGGUGGCUGUGCAUCACACAUAUCUUUAAUGAACAGCUGCUCAAAGUAAUGAAUUCCUUUUAUCGUCCAACAUUUUUUUAAUUCUGUUUUUGUUCAAAUGAGUCAACCGAUUUUAUAUUUACAACAUACAGGUUGCGAGUACGACUACUGUACGUUAGACUGAGACUUA